GCUAACACGCAGAACCUUAUCUCCAUUCUUCAUCAUCAAGAACGUGAAGCUCUGUCUUCAUCGUCCAUCCUCAAAGAAACACGAUCUGAAAAACGGGGUCAUCACCAACACGAGGUUUUUCAUCACGAAUCAACAUCAUCAACGACGCGAACACAAGUGUUUGCUUGCACGAGUUUGUUGCAUUAGGAGCUGACGUCUUUGUGGGUAAGAACCGGUUUUGGCCGAUUUGAGUUUCGCCACCAGAUUUCUAGAUUUUGUUGUCGUUGUUUUGUACUUUGAACAUGGCUUCGACACUCAAGUGAAUUUGUUCAAUUUAUUCAAAAUGAUCAUAACCCAACUAAUAGAUUAAAUAGACAAUUAAAGUGAACAUUAAUUCUAAGGAUUAAAAGGAUACCUAAACAUGAAUUAGAAUCGAAAUUAAUCAAAUGUGAAAUUCACAAUCCAAAUUCAAGAAUUGAAUCUAAACUACAUGAUUAUACAAAUCAAUCACACAAUAGUCCAAUUGAAUGAGAAUUAACCUAAUGGGGAAAUCAUGGUAAAAUCAAAAUCUAACCAUAUUAAUCUCAACAAACAUCCACAAGAAAGAAAUAUCAAAACCUAAUGACUAAAUCUCAACAAACGGGAUCUGGGGGUAUGUAAGACAGAGGGAGGUGUAGAGUUUGAAAUCGCUUGGGCCAAAGGCCCAAGUCUCCAACUCAAAUCCAGGUUCCAUGAAGAACCAAGAUCCAUCUGCACGCCUCCAGAAAAACGCGAGUUCAGCCAGUUCACUCAAGUAUCACGCAAACGAAAUCAGAAUCGCCGGCCAUGCCCCAAGAACCACGCCGAACUCGUUCUUGAUCCAACCGCUUUCUUUCCGAUCGAGCCCAAAUAACGACACUCUGAUUCUACGGUUCUCCGUUCCGCCGCAACCAACCGCUUUCUUUCCGAUCGAGCCCAAAUACGCCACGCUGUUCAUCUCUUUCUGAGUUUUCACUCUUAUUAUUAGAUUCUGAAUUCAUAAUUUUUCAAUGGCGAGUUAUGUAUGGAGAAAAUAUGCAGAUUAUUUGUACACAAAAUGGGAGAAAACCUUUCUAUGGGACAUGGUUGAAUCUUACAGAAGACCUAAAUCAUUCACUCCCGUUGUUGUUACUUAUGUCGCCGCUUUCUAUACCGGAGUCAUCGGCGCCGCCGUCACUGAACAACUCUACAAGGAAAAGUACUGGGAAGAGCACCCUGGGAAAGCAGUUCCUCUCAUGAAACCAAAGUUUUAUGGUGGUCCGUGGAGGGUAAUGGGGGGUGAGAUUCCCAUAUAUGAGUAAAAAGUUCUUGAGGCAUGUUUCAUGCUUAGCUCCGAUUCACCGUAUCUUAGUACUGUUUAUAAUUAAGGACUGUUUGGUGUCAAUGAAAAUGCACUACUGCAUAUGUAAUCCAGAGCGUGUUUUCUCUUCUCCUGGCUCAUGACUUUGCUGGAAAAUAAAAUGAUUUUAUUCCAAUAUA